AAAGAAACAGUUGUCUUCUUCUUCUCCGAUGAGAAAAAGACUGUCACAGAAAAAAAUAAAUCCUCUUCUCAGUUUCUCUCUCUCUCUAGAAACUUCAUCUCCAUACACAGAAAGAAUCAAAUCUGUUCAUUCUCUUGAACUCAAGACAAUCCAGAGAGAGAGAGAGAGAAUCAAGAAACUGAGUUGAAGAUGAGAGAUCAUUCAGCAGCAUCAUCACCAAAAGGAGAAGAAAUCAUGAAUUUACUAGAGAUAAACUUAAUCUCCGCACAAGGAUUGAAACAACCAUCAAGUAAUUUGGGUAAACGUCUUCAAACCUAUGCAAUUACAUACAUAGAUCCAUCAUUCAAAUUACGAACAAGAAUUGAUAAAAUCGGUUCUGAAAAUCCAACUUGGAAUGAUAAGUUCUUCUUUAAAGUUCCAUCUAAUUUCGUUUCGUUAGAGAAUUCAGCAAUUUCGGUCGAGAUUUAUUCUGUUGGUGUUAUUAAAGAUCAAUUGAUCGGUACUGUUCGUUUUCUGAUUAAUAAUGAUCGGAGAUUAGGGUUGAGUAAUGGUAAGGGGAAAGCAAAUGGGAUUCCGUUUUUUACUGCUCUUCAGAUCCGGAGGCCACUGAGUGGGAGGUUUUUUGGUGUGCUGAAUGUUGGAUUUAUGAUGGUGAAUGAUGAGGAUUUGAUUAAAUCGCCGGCGUUGGUUGGAGUGAGUGGAAUCGGUUUUCGUGAUUUGAUGGGGGUGAAUCGGAAUGGGAAUGGGAAUGGGAAGGAGAAGAAGCCUCCAAGGAAUCGGAAGAGUAAUAAAGAGAAUGAAAAUCAAGAAAACUCUGGUAGUGGUGGUGGUGGCGGUGGAGGUGGAGGUGGUUGUGGUGAUUCGUCUGAUGCUGAUUCAACUUGUUCUUCGAGUUCGAAUUCGUUUGGUUCUUCUUCGAUUUUGAAAGAUCUGAAUUGGAGGAAAGAUUUGUUGAUGACGGGGAAGAAUCGGAGAUUAUCUGAAGGUGGAGCAAGAUUAUGUGGAUUAAUGGGAUUUCAGAGGAAGAUUCAUUUGAGUCCGUCGGAUCAGAAUCUCUAUGCUUCAUCAACUUCUUUUGAUGAUGAUCAUUCUAACUAAACGUUUUCUGCUUCCCGGAAGAAGAUUUCUCCAUUACAGUCCGUUUUUUUUCCGGUGUUGAGAUGUGGAUGUAACAAACGGUCGUGAUCAUUCUUUUGAGAUUCGUUUUAGACGGUGAGAUCACCAGGUAUAUCAUGAUUCAGUGUUAACGGUUGUGAUGUUAUCACCUGUUUGACUUUUCCUUGAUAGAAUUGUGAUGGGAAUGAAGUCUGUAAUAUCUUUUUUGAUGUUUUAGUGGAGGUAGAGAAUGAAAAGCACUGUUUUAGUGACUAGGACUCUAUUUUAGUGAUAUCUGUCUCUCAUGUACUUUGUAAUGUUCUGGAGUCACAUAAGAAACAGUAAUGUAGCUUCAUGUUUUGGUCCCAAAUGGAAGGCUGCACUUGCCCAUUAAA